CGUCAGUGUGUGGGUGCAGCUCUUCUUCCUCCUUUGUAUCUCAUCAGUCUCUUCUGAAGGAGGUAAAUCACAGAGUCCCUCGGACACACAAACUGAGCACUGCAGAAUCUGUCUGAGAUCAUCCCGAACCAUGACAGAAAUCGGAAUGACCCCGUCCCUCAACCUGUCCUCAGAAAACAACCAGACAAAUGGUCACUGUGAAGAAAUUGACACGCCGGGCCGUAUUUACUUCACUGUGGUCUACAGUCUGGUGUUUCUGGUGGGUUUAGUCCUCAACGGAUUCACCCUGAGGUUUUACUUCUGCAGCGCCCAGCAGCAGACAUCAAACAGUGUGACCAUCUACCUGAAGAACCUGGCAGCUGCAGACUACCUAAUCACCCUCUGCCUCCCCUUAAGAAUCAGCCACUUCUCCAGCCGCUCAAUCACCUUGUUCAGGGUCUACUGCAACUUUGGCGCCUCUGCGUUUUACCUGAACAUGUACGCCAGCAUCCUGUUCAUGGGUUACAUCGCAGCAAACAGGUAUCUAAAGAUCGUCCAUCCUUUAGGGAAUCACAUCCUUCAGACAGUGCGAGCCGCCCACAUCAUCUCAACGGUAACCUGGGUUCUCCUCUUGGCCAUAAUGACCACCUACGUCACCCUGUCGUUUAUCCUCGCCAAUACAUCACUGCCAUCUCUUCCAAAUACAUUGAGCUGUGAUGUUCUGCACAGUAAAAAGCUCAGCCCCUUCUACAAUUUCAUUGUUAUCUUCACUGCAGCCGCCUUCAUCAUCGUGUUCGUCUCCCUCAUCUUCUUCUACCACGGCACCUCCCGCAGGCUGUCAGAAGCACAGCAGAGACAGCAAGCGUCCUCCGGCUCCAAGAAGCUCGCCAAGUCCCGCAGGAACAUGUUGGUGCUGGUCAGCGUCUUCUGCGUCUGCUUCGUCCCGUACCACCUGGUCCUCCUGCCGUACAAUUUCCUGUGGCUACAGUGCUCAUGGGGGCGGGCCUUCUUCUACCUGAAGGAGCUGACCGUCAUGAUGUCUAUCUUCAACGUCUGCCUGGAUCCGCUCAUCUAUUUCAUCUUCUGUAAAGCCUACAGAGCCCAGCUGAGGAGAAGUGUUCGGGGACGUACACAGAGGGCUGGCUAAAAGAAGGAGGAACAAGUAAGAAACUCAAGUACAUUAUUGUUAAAAACUCAAAUACAGUUAAGUAUUAGUAGUAGUUGCAGUUCAGGUCCUUAUGUCUUAAAUGCAUGCUUUUAGUUUAAUGCAUUGGUUUUAUUGAAAGGUAUAACGAUAUAUCAUCUGUAUAACAAUUCAAAUGUAUACAGUGUUUGAUGAUUGUGUGCUUUUAAAGGGGAUGUAUAUUUUGCUGAUCCAUAUAUUUACUGUUAUGAUGUUGGACGUCCAUACUUUGUCAAAGUGUCCCAGACGGACAUAAUGCUGCAUUCCUGUGCUGCUCGGGUGGUCCAAGUUGGGAAGUCGUUCAUCCGACUUCACUGUGUUCACGUGAUUUCAGUUCGGAAAGUUAUAACAACAGCACAAAAAAGCACUGAUGCUACGAAGAUGAUCAGUGAAAUGUUACUGUUAAAUUAUAUUUGAGCAAAAAGUUGAUGUGCAAAAAAAAAAAAAAAAACAUAUUUUGCCCGCCAUGACGAUUCUGACGGCAAGUCGGGCACCUUAUUCCUUUCCGAGUUGUUGUUCCGACUUCAGCAGGUGUUCAUGUGCAUUUUACAACUCAGAAGCUUGUUUUUCCGAUGUGUCCGACACCACAUGAAUGCAGCAUAGUUCAUGGUGAACGUGAGAAUAGUAGAUCUCCUCUCAUGCUUUUGAAAACAAAUGUUGCAGUGAAUUGACUUGAAUUCAAAGAAGUAUUUCAAUGCCCUUGGAGGUCAUAUUAUGUAGCUUUACAGAAAUAAAGGAAACACAUGAGUAAAUAAAAAAGGAUCAACUGUACCUAGUUUAUAGGUAGGCACAACAAACACUGACACUUCCUGUAAAAGUUUUAAAAAGAUUGCAAUAUAACAACACACUGUGACCACCAGAGGGUGAUGUAAUGUCAUGAAUAUAUAAACACACUGAAGUUAGUCAUCUGUGCAAAAAGAAAUUAUAAAGACAAGAGCAGAUGGUGUUGUUUUAUCAUUGGACUAGUUGAGGGCAGUGAAUUAACAUGAUUGUGACUUACUGUAACUCCUCAGAAUAGAAUUACUUUAUUGAACCCAAACUGGGAAAUUGUGGCGUUACAGCAGCAGGUUAUCCAAACACACAAUAUGAGUAAAAAAACACAAUAAAUAUUAAAUACAAAGUAAAUAAGCACUAAAGAUAUCAAAACUAAGAAUGAGAAUAUAUACAUCCAGUAUUUUGAUGAGCUGUUGUACAGAGUUUUGGCCUUUGGUAAGAAAGAUUUCCUGUAUCUGUUCCAUGUUACUGUAUCAGUUAGGGUAGAACCUGUUGUUUCUCAGUCAUUGAUGAUGUGCAGAUGAUGAAGAAAUCGCUGUUGACACUGACUUGCUUAUAAAAUAAUUUGUUUAUUUACAGAGAAGAACAGCAUCAAUUCAAGCCCCUGGGUCGGCCUUUGAGAGUCACGAAGCCAAUAAUGAUCUCUCCCAAACUUACAAGAACCGUCAUAUUUAUGCAGGAAUUACACACCCAUAUGUGAACAUCUGCUUCCUUUGUUCUGGGGGCUCAGAACAGCAUCCCUCCAUACUUCCAUAUUUGGUAAUUCUCUAACACAGGGUCCAAAUGCAUACAUCCAACUGUGGGGGUUUCUGUCUUAGAUUUAUGUAUCUCAUUAACUCAAAGGGCAACACACAGGUCUCAGAUACAAACACUUUCCAGAUGUGGUCUCCACACCCUGAGAGGAGUUAACCUAUGUCCCAGAUAUUUCAGACACCUCAUUACACAUAGCAUUGAAAUAAAGGCAAAUUGUCUCAUUACAUCUCGACUAUCGUAACAGCCUUUUAACCUGCCUGAACCUAAAGUGUAUAGAUAGACUCCAGUUGGUACUCAGCUGCCAGGCUUUUAACCAGAACCAGAAAGCAUGACCACAUCACUCCUGUUUCAGCAACUCUACACACAUCAUCAUCAGAUGGAAAUUAGCUAGCUAGCUAAAUCUGGUACAAAGCAUCUCUUCUCUUCUGAGACUAAUGUUUUUUAUUGUUCAUAGUGUCUGAUUUAAAUAAACUAAACUGAAAC